AUGCCUUCAGCCGCAUUGUUGAAAACGAAACCACAUAGGUCCAAGAGAGACCUCAGAAACAUCACCAUCUCCAACCCGCUAACGACAACAGAUGAAAUCGAGUUUGCCAAAAAAAUUGCAACGGCACAAGCAGCCGCCUCGCUCUCGUCAUCAUCAACAUCUUCUUUUUCAUCUUCAUCGUCGUCAUCUUCAUUGACGCCGUCGUCAUUAUCAUCAUCGCUAUUGCUAUCUCCAUCGAGAAGAUCGCCAAGAAAGCGAUCCUCGCUCGUCAGCCACAUAUUGCAUGCUCCGUCACCGCUGGAGCAGCUCCAAAUCAUAUUGAUAUCCAAAUACAGAUUCAAUGCCGAGUGUCCAAAAGAGAUUUCGAUGCAGCCUCGGUGCUUCUACAAGUUGAUCGAAAAGGUGGGCAAUGGGUGGCUAAAAGUGUGUCAGGUGGAAAACGGGUCCAAUGUUGGUCUCUGCCCCGCAUCCUAUAUGGAUAUCGCCAUAAACGACAGCGCGCACCCAAUUACUUUGGAAUGGCUUCACCAAUACGACCCCAAGUUUCUUGCCGAGGAAGAUAAAACCAGCAAAGCUAGCGAGCCACCAAUCGACUCCAACAUUGAUGAAAUAUAUCAAGAAGACGGUCCCUCAAGGGAGAUUUGGUUUUGUCUUAAAGUCCAGUUUGAAUCAAAGAUUUAUUAUGCAGGUCGCACGUAUUUUGAAUUGCGCCAGUUUCAUAAACAGUUAGUCAAGGCCCUAGGUGGAGCAACAACAGCAGCAACCCAAUUACCACAUUUCCCACGCUAUCAUGACGAGUCAAUGCCCACGCGGCUCAACUCGAGCAUUGUGGCAGAGUUGAGAAACCUUUGCCGCGCGUUGGACGUUUAUUUCAAACAGGUUGUUUCGCUAUUCUCGCCUCUGAGUCGUUGUCAAGCCAAUCAAAUGCAUCAAAUUAACGCCCAAAUGGUCAAGUUUUUAAGUAGACAACCGAGAUCGUUGGUAUCUCAUGUUGAUGGGAUAAUGCUACACGAUAGUGGCCGUCGCUUGUCACCCAGUGCAAAGCUAGUUGACAAGAUUUUCACGAGUUCCUCAACUUCGUCAUCAACGGCAACAGCUGCCUUGCCAGCAUGCUUUUCAUACAAACCGCCUUCUGCAAUGGACUUUAACUAUUCAUAUUCGAAAACUGAGCCCUUGUCAGCCAGUGGUAGUGCUAAUUCAAGUGCUGGUACGACGCGGCUAACUAAUGGCAGCCAGAACGCGAGGGCCAUGCAUGCGCCAAGACACCCCAUACCAAACGUCAUGACGAGCCAAUUAUCAACAGCAGCAGCAGCUGCUGCUGCUGCAAAGAGAAGCCCCGCACCAGCAAGAAGAAAGUCGCUUCGUCACUCAGCUGGGCUGGCGACGCCUGCUGGAGCAAGGUCGUCGUACUCGGAUAGGGAAGGUGCCGCGCCAAGCCAUGAUACCUCGUCACCGUCGCGCGCGAGGGGAAAACAGCAAGAAAGUCGUGGAAUUGUUCUUUCUUCAAGCUCCAAUACUUUGCUGAGCUAUUCUUCUUUGAUUGACGGGUAUGACGAGGAGUCACUCAUCAGCGCCGAGCUAGAGCAAUCAUCAUCACCAUCGCGCUUCAACGCUGGCAAACAACCUGGUAAAAUCGACUUUGAAAAAAGAGGAAUCAAUAACCUUUUUGGCGGUAAUAUUGAUACCGAAGCUGAUCACGACGUUAAUGGCAUGGCCGAUGAAUCUUUCACUAAUUCCUCAAAUGAAAAGACAUCUUCCGAGUCAUCUAAUGGUGAUUUGAACAGACAGAAAGAGCUCAAUCAACGGCUUUGCCCGAAAUUGUCAACGAGUUUCACUUCGUCUCUGAGUGAAGCUGAUGGCUCAUGCGAGAUAUUCGAUAGCACCAACUGGCAAGUCUCAACAACACCAUUAACGCCAAUAUCCACCGCCAACACAAACACAAACACAAACACCUCCACUGGCAAAAAUGCCAUUGAGGACUUUUUUGGCUUUAAUGACCCUGAGAUCAAAGAGAAACCUCUUUUUGUGUUUGGGUCAACGCCUCAAUCUGCAUCGCCUAGAAGUCACCUCGGCAGAGCCCGCCGCGAGUUUUCACUUACCCCAAAAUCGACAAACUCGCCAUCUUCAACUACACCAGCGACAUCCGAGUCAGCCUCUUCAACGGGACCAGCUACAUCCAACCCUUUCCUCACCACAACGCCCUCAUCACGUUCAUCAGUUUGUUCACUCAACACUACAAUCACGGCAAACACCUUGACUGCCACCCCUAGGAUGCAACCACAGUUGACCCCGAUUGGAAUCUUGAGCGAAUUAGAUGAACUAGAGCCCGUGGAAUCCAUAGCAGAGUCAAUCGAGUCCCCCGAAAAACCAUUAGUUAUAAACAGGUCAAAAGAGACAUUGUUGUCGUCAUCCCCUUCACUUCGGAAGUUAUCUUCACCACUACCACCAGCAGCAGCAACACGGCGGGUUCUGUCGGCUUCGUCAUCUACAACCACAUUAUUCACACCGACACCGCCACCGCCCCCAUCAUCAUCGCCUGCAACUAAAGAGAUACCUCGCUCCUCUUCUGAGGCCAGUGUAUCUACCAUCACGACAGACACCUCAGGCGCAAGCAACGGCAAGAGCAAGGGCAAGGGCAAUAGCACGGGCGCGGGCGCCGACACAAACACAACAACAACUACAUCAUUGAAAAAAUCCGCUUUUCCUGCCACCACCACCACCACCAGCAGUAGCAACUCAGACAUGAUCAAGUUAAAGAUUUUUUUAAACAACUCCGCCAAUGACAUCAUUGUGCUACGCUUUGCCAAGAUGAAAUUGAGAAGCACUUCAUGCGACCACAUCUCGAUGGACUAUGUGCGCAAGAAAUUGAGCGCCAAAUUGAUGAAGAUGUAUCAUCAUGACACUUUUUCGCUGACGCCAUUGCAAUUCAGCUUGGUUGAUGAUGCCCAACUGCAGAAGAUGGCGCGAGAGUCCGAUUUGGUUGAGUUUGUGAUGAAGCAGGAUAAAUGCAGCUUGAAGUUGAUGUAA